AUGGACCUUUCAAGACUAAUAAUCCAUGCUCAGCUGAUUGAAGCAGACAAAGUGAAGGAGAUAGAGAGAGUAAGAGGGAAUAAGAGAGUUAGAUCUGAGCAACAGGGGUAUAGUCAGGCUAGAUUUUUUGGAGGGAUCUGCCCUCAGUUCCAGAGUCGUUCUCUUAUGCCAGUGCCUUCAUCAGCCAGUACUUCUACAUUUAGAAUUAAGUCGGAGCAGGGUAGUAGGCCUUCUAUGACCCAGUCCCAGGAUAGUGUGAGUAACAGACCUUGUAUUUCUACAUGCCCGAAGUGGGGUAGGGACCAUCCCGAUGAGUGCUUAGUCGGCCAGAGGGGUUGUUUUGGUUGCGGUAAAUUGGGCCAUAAUUUCAGGGAUUGCCUUUACGCUAGACAGGGGAGUCGUGAUAUUUGUCCCCAGAGUCAGACUGUUAGUUCUCUAGCCCUUAUAGUUCGUCCUACUCCUCCUCAGGGUGCCUUGUCUAGUACUGCCGGCGGUCAGUGCCAGAAUUGCUUUUAUGCUAUACCACCCCGCCAGGAGCAGGACGAUUCACCAGAUGUUGUUACUAUGAAUUUUGAAAUUUAUGCUAAAAAGAUCCCUAAGCCUCUCCCAGUCUCUACACCCGUGGGUGAAUUUGUUGUUGCCACGUAA